UUUUGAUGAUCAAAGUAAUUAUUGAUAUUCACAUUUAUCACUCAUUCAAUUCUUUUGAACUCGUUGGAUUCAAGAAUCUCCUCCCUUUCAGCUUCGAUUGUGACCACUGCCUGAUUUAUUGAGAUUAAGAGUUCAAGUUAACAAUGAACUCUUUCUGGCGUCUUUGGUUCUGGGGGGUAGAGACGGGAUAAGCUCAUGUAUGGCUACCGAAAAUCAGAAGCAAGAAGAAGUGCUAGAAAAUAUGAGGAGGCUACAGCUUGAUGUUGCUGUCAGAAGCAUUCAGUGGAGCUAUGCAAUCUACUGGUCCAUUUCAUCAACAAAACCUGGAAUGUUAGAAUGGGGUGAUGGGUAUUACAAUGGAGAAAUUAAAACCCGGAAAUCGGUUUAGGCAGGAGAGUCACUGGCCGACCACCCCGUGUUACAGAGGAGUGAGGAACUGAGGGAACUAUAUGAGUCCCUCUAUGGUGGUGAAACCAAGCCACAAGCAGCCAAAAGGUUUUCAGCUGCAUUAUGCCCUGAAGAUCUCACAGAUACGGAGUGGUAUUACUUGGUUUGCAUGUCUUUUGUCUUUAACAUCGGCCAAGGAUUAUGACGACUCCGUUUACGUCAUAUGUCGCUAAGUUGAGGCUCGACUUGUGGGCUUAUAAGUAGUUGGCCACAUCAGCCUUAAGGUUGCCUGGAAGGACAUUAGCAAAGAACGAAACUAUCUGGCUAUGCAAUGCUAAUAGUGCAGACACCAAAGUUUUCUCUCGUUCAGUUCUUGCAAAGAGUGCAUCAAUCAAGGUAUUCAUCUAUUUUGUUUUUGCCCAGCUUUGUAUUACUCGUGCUUUUAGUAUGAAAGUUGAGUUUUGUGCACAUUCCAGUAAAUUACAGUCGACUACAUGAAUUCUUUUUCAUCAACAUGCUUCAUUAUCAUAUUCGAAAGAAAUAUGGUGCUAAUUUUUGACUUGCAGACAAUAGUAUGCUUUCCACACUUUGGAGGUGUAGUAGAGCUGGGAGUAACUGAUCUUGUCCUAGAAGAUCAGAAUCUCAUUCAGCACGUAAAAACCUGUUUCUCGGCAACCCCGGUUCCCAUUUUUUCCAAGAUUCCAAGUGAGCAAGUUCGUUUAGAGCUUGAUCGUGCUAAUAUGACCGAAACUGGCUGUGAUCCACCUUUGGAUAGUGGAGAAGUAUACAUCUGUUCUCCCGACAACUGCUCUGAUAGUUUUGGAGCCACUCGACUGAGAAACAAAUCAGAUGUAUUCGAAGGGAUUGAGGGGGAAGUCCCUCAACUGCAAAGCAGGAAAUUUAAGGGUGAUAGAAUCAGCUGUUGGGUUAACACUUCGAUGAGCGAUUCUGUAUCUCAAACCUACGAAAAUCCUAAAGGUAUUUCCCCCAUCUCAAAAGACACCCAAGAAUGCAGUCAGCAGAAAGACGACAAGAUUCACUAUCAGAGUGUUCUUUCGACUCUUUUGAAGGGUUCAAAUCAGUUCAUUCUGGGACCGUACUUCAAACGCGGUAAGAGAGAGUCAAGCUUUGUUAACUGGACGAAGGACGGGUUGUCAAGGGCUAAGACGGUUCAAACUCGAACUCAACAAAAAUUGUUAAAGAAAGUACUCUUAGAAGUGGCAAGAAUGCAUGAAAAUUGUCAGCUAGAAUCGAUUAAAAACAACGGAAAAAGAGAGAGCCCUUCUACUUCCGAAGUAGGCGAAACUUAUAGAAACCAUAUCUUGUCAGAAAGAAAACGCCGAGGGGAACUUAACGAAAGGUAUUCGAUUCUUGGAUCACUAAUUCCGUCUGGUGGCAAGGUUGACAAGGUAUCGGUACUUGAUAAAACGAUAGAGUAUCUGAGAGAGCUCGAAAGAAGAGUCAAAGAGCCAGAACUGAGCAAACGAGUCCUCGAGCUAGAGUCGAGAACGAGAAGUAAACCUCACGAUGACAUUGAGAGGACCUCGGAAAAUAAUGGACCUAACCAAGUUAAUAAUAUCAAGAAACCAUUGAGAAACGAGAGGAAGGCUCGCAACAUGGAUGGGUCGAGAGUUGGAAAUAGUCAACAUCUGUCGAGAAAUUCUUCGACUGUUAACAUCACAAUUGAUGCUGAUGAUAAGAACGUGUCGAUCGAGAUUAAGUGUUCCUGGAGGGAGUCUAUGCUGAUUGAAAUCUUGGAAGCCAUUAACGAACUGCAAAUGGAUUCAUUGAGUGUUCAAUCUUUCAACGCCAAUGGAAUUCUCUCAUCGACUAUAAAAGCUCAGUUUAAGGGAUCAAAAGUUGCAUCAGAAGUUGUGAUCAGACAAGCAAUUCAGAAAGUUAUGAGCAAGGUUUAAGGAUUAUCCUCGUACCAAGAUUAUAUGUUGCCCCUGUCAUCACACGUGAUGAAACAGGAAUUUGUAUUUUGUGAUUUCACUAGGUAGUUAUUUUUGCUCAAAUAAAAUUUUAUUUGUCUUUCAACUAGGUCAAUUAUAAAAAAAAAUGUUCGUUAGUUACGUAGUGGUAUUGUAUAGUGAAUAAAAUUGUAACUUUUUUUCAUUUUUUAACACGACAUAGUCUUAUUUAACGAA